AUUAACCUCGCUGGAGCUCGCAGCUGGCAGCCCUCGAGUUCAUCACUAGGAUGCGAGGACAGCCACACGGCUAAAGCACAGGCUGCUCACUGACUUUUGGGGUGACUUCGAGAGCUAUUGCUGCCCUCGCCUGCAGCAGAAAAAUGAGAUUUCGGCAAGUUUUUUGUGUAUUUUUCAUUUUUUUGAUGAUUCUCCUCCUUACCAACGGACAGAGACCAGCUAAUCUGGUGCUGAGAAGAAAGCUGCACAGGCACAACUGCCUCCAGCGGAGAUGCAUGCCGCUCCACUCCCGGGUGCCCUUCCCCUGA